GCGUCCACAUCGCAUAUCUCAUUCAGUUUUUGAGUCUUGCUAAAUUCAUACGUUUUCAUUCGUUUCGUUUUCUAUAUUUAUUAAAACAAAAAAACAUCAAAAUUGUCAACAACAAAAAAAUAGUAGUAAAUUUUGUCCAAAUCCGUAUUACUCCUUUUUUCUGUUCUAUCAUUUAUGUGUGAACCUUCUGAAAGAGAGAAAGUAACUUAAAUAACGGAGUUCCGGAGAAAGAAUAAUAUUUUGGAGAGAAUAGAAAUAGAAGGAGGAAAGUGUACACAGGCGGAAAAACAGAAAACGAUCCCUUUACCAAGAUGUCGGACAACAUUGUGUGCCACAAGUGCAACGAGGCCAUCACCAAGCGGAUGAUCACCGCCCUGGGCAAGACGUGGCAUCCGGAGCACUUCCUGUGCCGCCACUGCGAGGAGCAGAUCGAGGACGCCACCUUCAAUAUCCAGAACGGGGAGCCGGUGUGCAACAAGUGCUUCGUGGAGCGGUACACGUACACCUGCGCCGGCUGCAAGAAGCCGAUCCUCGAGCGGACCAUCUGCGCCAUGGGCGAGAGCUGGCACGAGGAUUGCUUCUGCUGCGACGGAGCCUGCAAGAAGCCGCUGGCCAACCAGUCCUUCUACGAGCGGGAUGGCAAGGCCUAUUGCAAGCAGGACUACGAGGACCUCUUCGCCGCCAGGUGCGCCAAGUGCGAGAAGCCCAUCACCGACUCGGCGGUGAUUGCCAUGAACGUCAAGUGGCACCGCGACUGCUUCCGGUGCAACAAGUGCGAGAAUCCCAUCACCACGCAGACCUUCAAGAUCGACGGCGACAAGCCCGUGUGCCCCGCUUGCAAUUAACGAUGAUCCCGAUCCCGAUCCCGAUCCUGAUCCUGGGUGGCCAGUGUAUCCCUGCAUCCCUGCAUCCCCACUUCGGCACCAGAUUGUUCAUUCACAGUUGGCCGUUCGUUUCUUGACCCAAUAGUUUUUGUAACCGAAUGUUUAAAGGCUAAGUGGCAUCAAAAUAACCAAUCCGGAAAAUCAAAUACGUCUGCACACGGCAGAAACAAACCAAAAUACACUUGACAAACAACAAGUAA